AUGGCAACUACUUUCUGGGACGAGGAAAGGAGUGGUGAUGGUGGAAUUCACACAAUAAUGUCAGAAGUGUACUGCGUAGGACCGGCCAUUCAGAAUAAAAAACUAGGAAUGCUGACAUACGGUUCAGUGCUCUUCCAUGACAAUGUGCGUUCGCGUAAAGCUGCUCGCACCCGAGCACUGUUAGAGCAUUUCAACUGGGAGCUGUUUAAUCACCAUCCUUACAGCCCUGAUCUCGCUCCAAGCGACUACCACCCGUUCACCUACUUGAAGAACUGGUUGGGAUCACAGUGUUUCAAUAAUAAUUCGGAGUUGAUGGAAAGAGUCAAAACGUGGCUGAGUUCACAGGCGGCAGACUUCUUUGGCACAGGCAUGCAAAACCUUAUUCCCCGAUACCAGUGCCUCAAUUGCGGCGGUGACUAA